CUCGCUGUGGAGGAGUGACGCAGUCGAAUGUGUCCAAGGGACAUGUACACCCUAGGCGGUUUGGUUUGUCCGGAGAACCAUCCAAACUUUACAAUGUGGACACACAACUAUUUCCACGAUGCCGGACUUUUGAAUUUUUCUACGAAGAAACCAUCUUUUCACAUUACGGAUAUCUUGCAUGUGCAUAGCGGGAGCACGCCUCUACUAUCGUGUAACCCACCGGGCGUGCUACCCCCGGGGUGCCAACAAUCUCCCUCCGCCCUCGGACCUCUUAAAGCGUUCUGCACCAGUAAGAGAGUCCAACGGUUUGUCACAGACGGAGAGGAUCGGAGGAGCAGUGAGUCCCGGCCCCCGGGGGUGUCCGGACAGUCCAAACAUCUUAAAUUCGGAAUCAACAGAAUCUUAUCGGAAGACUUCGGAAGAAAAUCUCGCGAGAAAGAAAAUAGAGAAAAACAUCAUGGCGACACUUCCAUUCUGGACAACAGGAUCUCGUGUGGGUGCGGGACUAUCACAUCCAACUUUAUCAAUACCCGGAUGUCCUUCCCGUCAGCAUCUCUAUCAGCUGUCCAUGCUAUCCAACCACCAACCUAUCCACUGUCUCACUCAGUCGACUCACUUCCCGGUCCGUACUCAAUACUCAACGAUGACGGAAAUGGAUGUAGCCAAUCAAAACGGAAAAGAUCUUGGUCACGUGCUGUGUUCUCGAACCUACAGAGGAAGGGACUGGAGAAGCGAUUUGAAGUACAGAAAUACGUCACGAAACCCGACAGACGACAGCUGGCCGCCAUGUUAGGUCUCACAGACGCUCAGGUCAAAGUUUGGUUUCAAAAUCGGAGGAUGAAAUGGCGACACGCACAACAACAAAAAGAAAAAGAUGACACACUUCCGGACACUGAAUGUGAAACAGGAAGUGACGUAAUAAAAGACAGAUGUAAUAAAUCUGUGUGUUCUGAUAAUUCAGAUGACAGUGAUAACGACAACGACGUGCCGACAACGAGCGACAACAUAUAGAAACACUAACG